UAUCCCAUCCCUGGAGACAGUGAAGGCUAGACGGGGCUCUGAGCACCCUGAUGUAGCCGUAGGCAUCUCUGUUCCUUGGAGAGGAGUUGGACCAGAUGGCCUUUAAAGGUCCCUUCCGACUCAAAUGAUUCCAUGUCUGUCCUUUGGGACUUAGGAGGCAGGAACGAUAGCUGCUUUGAGAGAAUCAGUAGAUAAUGGUUAUUUCACCUUGGCUGCACUAGUGACAGGUUUUGAAACAGCGACUGGGGAAAUGUGGCAAAUUUACUGUGCGAGUUAAGUGCAGGAGGUGGAAUGGUACGAAGCUGGCUGAACAGAGAGAGGUCAGGUCACCGGUAUGGAGGAGUCAGUGAACGGGAGCGGGAUGUUUGUAGUGUGGAGUAAGUAGGCUGUGUGGGAGCCGUGGGAGGUCGGUUAACAGAGUGGGAAGAGCAGUGGGUAGUCUUUUGUGAAGCUGCGCGUGCAACAGCAGGUUCAUUAUGUGAAGCGGUGAGAGGUGGGAUAGACAUUCAGAUUGGGGGUGGCAGCCACAGAGGAGUUGUGCUGUUGUUUUAGAAAUCAAGAAUGGGAUGGGGGUGGUAACGAGCAACCGAAAAUAGACAGCGAAGGGGAUGGGAACGGCAAUAAACAGGGAGAGGAUGGCGGUACACGGCCUGUUAUUUAAAGCAGUGAGUGACAUAGGAGGUACGUAGCAGGCAGUGAAAAGUUUGAGGGUGGCAGGGACAGCCCAGAGGACCGUGUAGUUUCGUAUGGUGUCAGGACAUUCUGUGAUUAAGCACACGAGGAGGUUGUUGGGUUGUUUUACCUCUUACCUCUUUACCUUUUGCCAGCCAGCAGCAAGCUACAGAAAGCAAGGAGGGGAAGUCUGGGCUAAGGCAAAGCCCCGCUCAGGGUUGGGAGCUGUGCGCAGUUCGUUGCUCACGGCUGCGCUGCGAACCAUAGCCGGCGGCCCUGACCUGCCUGGCUCUGUGACCUGAUUCCCACAGCAGCUGGCAGAGCUGACCUGUGUCAAGGAGGCAGCCGGGGUCAGCCGCAGCGCCAGUCGCUGCCAGGUACUAGGGGGAGGAGUUCAGCCGGCUCCUGAGAGGGGCUGCUGCUGCUGCUCGGAGCGGGUUUCCGUACGACGUUCAUCCCCUCCGCGCUGCUGCCCGAGGGGAGCGGGAGCUGCGGUGCUGGCGCUGAAAGGAGCCGCUGCGAGCAGGAGGGCGAAACGACACGGCCAGCCCUACAGCCGCCCGCGGACGAGCCAAGCAGAUGACGCUCCUUGGGACCGCACCGCCGAUCCCCAGCGGCGGCCGCUCCCGGUCCCCGGUGAUUCAUGGCAGGGGACGUGGAAGGGUUUAGCUCCUCCAUCCAUGACACCAGUGUCUCUGCUGGAUUCAGAGCACUGUAUGAGGAGGGAUUGCUUCUUGAUGUCACACUUGUCAUUGAAGACCACCAAUUUCAGGCCCAUAAAGCACUGCUUGCCACCCAGAGUGAUUACUUCAGGAUUAUGUUCACAGCUGACAUGCGAGAACGAGAUCAGGACAAAAUCCAUUUGAAAGGUCUGACAGCUACAGGCUUCAGUCAUGUCCUCCAAUUCAUGUAUUAUGGAACUAUUGAACUGAGUAUGAACACUGUUCACGAAAUACUUCAGGCUGCCAUGUACGUCCAGCUUAUAGAGGUGGUAAAAUUUUGCUGCUCUUUUCUCUUAGCUAAAAUCUGCUUAGAAAACUGUGCAGAAAUUAUGAGACUUCUGGAUGAUUUUGGUGUAAACAUCGAAGGAGUCAGGGAAAAACUGGACUCUUUCCUGCUAGAGAAUUUUGUGCCGCUCAUGUCCAGACCUGACUUCCUUUCAUAUCUGAGCUUUGAGAAGCUCAUGUCUUACUUGGAUAAUGAUCAUCUGAGCAGGUUUCCAGAGAUAGAGCUGUAUGAAGCUGUUCAGGCCUGGCUGCGCCAUGAUAGAAGACGCUGGAGGCAUACGGACACCAUCAUUCAGAACAUCAGGUUUUGUUUGAUGACACCAUCCAGUGUUUUUGAGAAGGUAAAAACAUCAGAGUUUUACCGAUACUCCCGGCAGCUGCGACAUGAGGUUGACCAAGCCAUGAAUUACUUUCAUAGCGUUCACCAGCAGCCUUUGAUGGAAAUGAAAUCGAACAAAAUUCGUUCUGCCAAACCCCAGACUGCCGUGUUUAGAGGAAUGAUAGGACACAGUAUGGUAAACAGUAAAAUUCUUCUCUUGCACAAACCGAGGGUCUGGUGGGAACUAGAGGGUCCUCAAGUACCUUUACGACCAGACUGCCUUGCCAUUGUGAAUAACUUUGUGUUCCUGUUAGGUGGGGAAGAACUGGGGCCAGACGGUGAGUUUCAUGCUUCAUCCAAAGUGUUUAGAUAUGACCCAAGACAGAACACUUGGUUACGAAUGGCAGACAUGUCUGUCCCACGUUCUGAGUUUGCUGUUGGAGUUAUUGGGAGGUACGUUUAUGCAGUGGCUGGGAGAACCAGGGAUGAAACCUUUUAUUCAACUGAACGGUAUGAUAUUACUGAAGAUAAAUGGGAAUUUGUAGAUCCCUACCCAGUCAAUAAAUAUGGACAUGAAGGAACUGUGCUGGGUAGCAAGUUGUAUAUCACUGGUGGAAUUACAUCAUCUUCAACUUCUAAGCAAGUGUGUGUAUUUGAUCCCAGUAAAGAAGGGACAGUAGAGCAGCGAACAAGGAGAACUCAAGUGGUCACUAACUGUUGGGAGAACAAAUGCAAAAUGAAUUAUGCAAGAUGCUUUCACAAAAUGAUUUCUUAUAAUGGUAAGCUUUAUGUCUUUGGUGGUGUCUGUGUGAUCCUCAGGGCCUCCUUUGAAUCUCAAGGAUGCCCAUCUACAGAAGUUUAUGACCCUGAUACUGAUCAGUGGACUAUAUUGGCUUCUAUGCCAAUUGGUAGGAGUGGUCAUGGUGUAGCUGUUCUGGACAAACAGAUAAUGGUUCUUGGAGGCCUCUGUUACAAUGGUCAUUACAGUGACUCAAUUCUCACCUUUGAUCCAGAGGAAAACAAGUGGAAAGAAGAUGAAUACCCAAGGAUGCCCUGCAAGCUGGAUGGCUUACAGGUCUGCAGCUUGCACUUCCCUGAAUAUGUUUUGGAACAUGUUAGACGUUGCAGCUAGAACAGGAUAAACACUCUCAGUGAAAUAUGAAAAGCUGAAUCUUAUUUGUCGGAAAAAAAACAUGUAUCAUUCCAAAAGUAAUGCCUCCUAUUUAUUUCCAUGGAAACUACAA